AUGGAGGCUCCUUUGAUCGUGCCUUCCAAAAGAAAGGCUUCUACCACCGACUCGGAUGGCGAUGACACAGCUAGCCUGGGCUCGCGAACCAAGGCCCGAAAGCGAGUACCCACGGAAAUCUGGGAGGCCAAACGGCCCAUCAUUACGAGGCUGUACCAGGAAGAGAAGAAGUCGUUGAAAGAGGUUAUGGAUAUUAUGGAGAGGGAGCAUCAGUUUGUCGCAACCGUCAAGAUGUACAAGUCCAGGAUUUGGAAGUGGGGCCUCGACAAGAAACUGAAAGGCGACGAGGUGCUCGCCAUCCUCAUCCUCAAACGAGACCGAGAUGCGCUGAACAAGCCGUCCGAAUUUCGAAUCCGUGGUCAGCCGGUCGACUUCGAGAACAUCAAGCGCUACGUCAAGCGAAACCCGUCCCUCAUGGCUAAGCUCCGCGCUGGCCAUGCGCCCAGUAGUCAGACGACACGCGAGGUCACCUGCCGAACGCCGUCCCCGUCGCCCAGUCCCCAUGCCGGCAUCGGCCCACCUACCGAACUGCAGAACGUGGAGAACGUGCUGGGCCUUUUCCGAGACUAUGUUGAUGGCUCCUUCUCGUCGGGGGCCUGGCACUGCGAGUACGAUGUGGACUGCACAAACAGCCGAUUCGACCAAGGAAACCGGAGCAACGACCUGUUCGAAAGGAUUAUUGCCAGCUUUGCGCUGGUAAACAGGUGCAUGAUGCGGGGGGACAAGAUCAAUAUCAACAGCGUUCUCGGCCCGUCGUUCGAGUCGCUUAAGGAGAUUGUGGCAGCAGAGAGUCCCGACUUCGUAGCAAGGACGGUGUGUCUCCUCUGGUACCUUGAUCGGCAUCACAAGCAUGACCUUUUACGGCUGGUGCUCGAUUACCUGGCUGGGCUGGUCCCCAUCGUGCUCGGUCCGCACCACAUUUUGGCGCACAUUUGGAGGCGACUGAGCGCGACCAGUUUUUCCGAUUAUCACGAGUUGUCGAUGCGACUGUAUUCGCUCUUGCUUCCCCAGAUCGAGGAGCGGGCCGGCCCUGCGAACUUCCUAACCCACCUGCUCUACAGUGACUACGUCGACUGCGUGUUUGCUCGACAUGGACCCGAGGAUUGCGAGGGGACGCUGAGCAGGCACCUCGCCCGAGCAGAGGCGUCAGGGAAGCGGCAUGCGUGGCUGGGGGAUAUGGCGCUAUCCCACGCGGGGAUCCUAGCAGCCUGCAAGGAAAGGCAGGGCCGCUUGGACGAGGCGGUGCAAGUGUUGACAGGCUAUAUGAACGCGUAUAAGAUGACGGAGGAGCAGGAAGCUGCCAUCAACCUGGAGUUGGGGGUCAAGUAUUAUCGCAUGGGUAAUUUGUCUGCGGCCAUCAUAUCGUUCCAGUCGGCGGCAAGGCUCGCGCUGACGUCUGACGCCGACGAGCGCCUGUCCAUGACGGCCCUCGCAAACCUGGAGAAGCUGCUUGCAGAGACGGGGAGACCUGACAAAGCUGAGCGGGUACACCAAUACCGAAUGGAUCGACUUGCUGCUUUUGCGGAGAAGUCGGCUUGCAUUUCCCGAGGAUGCGAUGACGACGAAGACGCCGACGGUGAAAGCGAUUCGGUGCCCAGUGACAUGGGGGAGUUGCCUGAGUGGCUGUGGACGUGCCGCGACGACGACGAGGGUUCGAUGUCGAGUUGGCCCCGUGCCACCACAGCGUGCGCGUAUAAUAGUGGCAAGGCCACUUUUGUUCCUGUUCACCCGGCGGUCGCAAUAGAUUGGCCGGAGGCGCCACAUCCGUCGGCGUCGCCAUCCGCCAUGGGAGCUGAAUUCUCACCCCGACCGGAUUCCAGCGUGGCUGGGACGGAGGCGGGUUACUAUUAUUCUCCGGACUUGGGGAUACCGUAA